AUGAAGCCUGAAGACAGAUUGCAAAUUUUACCAUCCUCGCCCAUUUCAGUGCUUGAGAGCACUCGUAAAGACUUUGAAGCUCUACUGGGAAGUGCAAAUUCGUCUAGCGAAGAAGUUCAGGAAAGAAAAACAAAACAGACGAAUCAAUCCAAGAGGCAUCGAUUCAAGAAACAAGAAAAACACCGUAACAGUGUUAAAGAACACGUAGAGCUACGUGAGCUUUCUUCCGUGCAAAACAAAACUAUCAUCAAUGUAGGCCUUCAACAAAAUUUAGUGAAAGUGAAAUCCCAUACCAACCCCUCUUUUUGGUAUGAAGAUGAGCAGCAGAAUGAAAUGAGCAGCUGCUCCAGCUCUUUAAAUUCUGAAAAGCUUAAGAAAGUGAAAAGUUCCAGUAAUUCUCCAGAACUUGUGCAUUCAUCUUCAGUUGAGCGAGCAACCAUACAUCAUGAAAGAAGGACUUCACCAGCAAUAACAAACAGCAGUGACGAUGAAAAUAAUAGUGACAAUGUUUUAAGUGUGGCACCUUCUGUUGGUACCCUACACACAAGAACUUCAAUUUCUUCAUCUCAUCCAGGAAAGAUAAAUUCUAAUAAAGAAAGUCACAAGAAUAGUAGACAAACAUCAGUGAAGAACCUGUACAGUUCAGCAAGUUCAUCAUCAGAUCACAAUAUAGAAGAAGAGAACAGUGCUGGUUAUCAAGAAUCGAAUGAAACUUUGUCAUUGGAGCACAGUAUCUUGAAAAUUGUUGUCCACCAGUGUGACAGAUUGAUUUUAGAUCAACCUAAAAGUCAACCACUGAUUGUGGUUCAUGUCGUCAGUUGCAAGACAGGUCGUUACAUGGUGAACAAUAAGGUCCCCGUUUCACCGCAAUGUAUAGGAUCAUGUAUUGCCCAUAGUCCUCAUCAAGUCUCCAUUAAGUCCAAUGCUCUGCCGGAAUGGAAUCAAGAAAUGGUUUUUGACUUGGAUGCAGACAAAUAUUUAUCAGAAAUCCUUUUCUUAUUCGAAUUAGUGAGUGAACCCAACACGACAGUUAGCUCUUUAUUGGCUUGGGGGUUUUUGCGCCCCAUGUCAAGAACUGGCGUCAAACACAUAGGCAAGAAACUUCAACUUCAGCUGUAUAAAACGCCUGCGCGUCGCUUAUUCGGACACGCAACACCUAGGCCGACUAUUAGCGACCUCUUCAAUUGGUUUAAUAGCGCACAGAAAGAAAAGUAUCCAGCAACUCUUUACGUCACGCUGCUAUCUUCCGGCAGUUCUAAAAGUUCAACCGUGACGGAGGAAAGUCGAUUCAACGUAACCAGUCCAUUACGAGGAGGCCGGCUCAGCGGACAGCCAUUCAAACUUCCCACCAGACGAGGCUUUACAUACGAGUCUGCUGCGGCAGGAGCCUUAAUUGCCUGUUACCGCUCAGAUGGAUCAUCUUUAGCCUUCGCUUUGUCAACUGGAGAUAUCAUGGUGUAUCAAAACUCAGUUAUUUCUUUGCAUCUAAAAGGACAUCAGGGCAAUGUGUAUGAUCUUGAAUGGAACAAGAAUGAAGGCGGAAAGGGUUGGCGUUUACUUUCCUGCGGUGCGGACUGCACUGCUCGAGUUUGGAACGAUUCCAAUGACGUGGUUUUGCCUCAUCCAGCUUACGUGUACAGCGCCCGUUUCGGCGAAUCCGACGACCGUGUAGUCACUGGAUGUUUCGAUCAGCUGAUCCGGUUAUGGGAAUUAAAUUCAUCGACACCUCGUCUAAUAAGCACCUAUGUCCAGCACAGGGCACCGAUCAACAGCCUCUGCUGGGACUCCCAUGGAAGAUUAUUUAGCGCAGAUGCGAAAGGUUCCAUUUGUGUCUGGAACUCGACCAUUUCUGGCUUACAUUUUGAAAAGAUCCUCAACGAAUCUAGUGAAGAAUAUCGCAAUGAAACUCCCAUCAACUGCCUCUGCUUUCAUCCUUCUGGAGGCAGAUUACUAGUCCACUACAGAGGAAGUAAGAUGUGUUUGCUCGAGCCAAAGUCGGGUCUUAAAUUGAUUUCGUACAGUGGCAUCUAUAACCCAAGGCUGAGACUGGCAAGUAGCAUCAGUCCGUGCGGUGGUUACGUGAUAUCCGGCAGUGAGGAUGGUUCUGUUCACUGGUUUGAUUUGGAGCGGGGUGAUCUUGUAGCCGUUACAACCUUGGCCACGUCUACAAUUGAUCCCGUCAUGGCGGUCGCUUUCCACCCCACUUGUCACGCCAUAGCCUUGUGUUCAUUGAGCUCGGGUCUUUCAGUUUUGGAAUUUAACGCAGCCGAUACUGGAAUUGAAGGGUUUUCCUUGAUAACAUUUCCUCGUACAGUGCAAAGCGCCGUUUCCCCGAUCGAGAAUAUUUCAAAGAAUAAUAUCUCACAAGGAGGAAAUUGCACACCUACGCUGGAUAAAUUAGAAAGAAUUUUCAAAAAACUUGAUCUAGUCAUGGCCUGGUCCGAAUCGCAUAAAAAAUCGUUGGAAAAAUAAAAUGUAAUUCGU